UUUUUUCAUUGAGGAGAAAAAUUUUCGCGUAAUUUUUUUUCGGUGAGGAAGAAGGCGGUAUUUAGCACAAUAGCUACCUAAUCAUACGUGCAAAGGCAUGAGGCGCACGAAUGAAGUAUUCAUUGUUUUUGAGCGGAAAUCGCUGUGUUAUUAUAUCUUGAUAAUUUUUAGGUUACGAAGGGCCCAUAUUGUUUUGUUUCGUCCUCAAAUUUCAAAACUUGAAUUAUGUCGACCAAAUGGGCUCAUAUGUCUUCAGAAACAGAGCUCAGUAAUCUGGGUCGCAAGAUUCCAGUUCUGUUCUUUCUUCCUGUUCUGUAAAUCUCGAGCAAAUGUUGUUUUUGAGGAGGUUUUGACUCUGUUUGCUCUGUUUUCAUGAGCUUGGAGAACUUUUCUGGUAGAAAAAGUUAUACAGCUGUCUGUAUGCAUUGUGGGUCUUGUGUUUUUACCUCUUGCUCACAUUGAUACGCAUACCCAGAAGAUUUUGAGGCGUGUAUAAUUUCAUACAUUAGAUUUGUUUUGCUUGCUGUGAAUUUGGUUCGCGAGGUUCAGUUAUUUUAGCUCUCUGGAAGUCGCAGGAUCGAGUUCAUAGGGAAUCCCAAUUCUCAAGAUUUUUGUAAAAGAAGGGGUUGAGUUAGUGAUCUGAAGGUUGCUGCGUUGGAUCUUUGUUGAGGUGUUAUGUCAAGAGAAAUGGAGAAGAAUAGGGAAACAUGUAGGCCGCCGGAGCAGGAUUUGGUAUUACAGUGGGGGAAUCGCAAGCGUAUGAGGUGCGUCAAAGUGCAAGUGAAUUCAGGAAUGGAGGUCAAGGUUAAAAGAACCGCCUUUCGCGUCGACAGGCGCCUCAUCAGAGCUGAGAAGGAAAAAGAAGCUCCUCAAACAGCCAGUUGCAUAAAGCAUGUGUUGAACAGGGCGUCAAAUUCCCAACCGGAGGAGGGCGUCAAAUCCAUGGCGGCGGAAUGUAUCAGAGUCCUGAACAAUAGUGGUCAUUCUUCGCCUGAAAAGAGCGGAAGAAUUCAUACCAGAGGGUAUAAUAAUACUGCUAAUGCUAAUAACAACAAUAACUUUAAUGGGUGCUCGUUUACAGAGGAGAUGAACAAGAUUUCGACUGAGGCUGAUACAAUGCAAGAGAAGGUCUCUAGUUUAGAGGUAUUUGUAUGGCCCAAAGUUGUGAUAGCCCUUUCCAGUAAGGAGAAAGAGGAGGAUUUCAUGGCUAUCAAGGGUUCUAAGUUACCUCAGAGGCCUAGAAAGCGGGCCAAAUUUAUACAGAGAAACUUGCUUGUUGUUAGCCCUGGUUCAUGGCUUUGUGAUCUGUCUCAAGAGCGGUAUGAAGUGCGUGAGAAGAAAAACACUAAAAAGAGACCAAGAGGUUUGAAGGCUAUGGGCAGUAUGGAGAGUGAUUCAGAUUAGCAACUGGGUGUGAUCUGUACAUAGGUGGAAUUAAUUCCCUUUGUAUCAGUAUACGGUGCAAAUAGUUUGGGUGAGAUUUUUCUGUGUGUUGAGUAUCGGAAAUUCAAGGUGUACUUGCCUUUUCUAAACUGAGUAAAUACCGAAUUUGUUAUUCUUGAUUUAGAAACUUUGCUUAAAUCAAGUCUGCAAUGCUCUAGAAGCUUCUUGUUAGAGGCAGGUUAUCCAUGUAAGCAGGUGAACUACUUCUUGUACAUCUAUACAAAUCUGUAGAUUCUACUGAGAAUCAAAUACCUUGAUAUGUAUUUGCAACAUGGAAAAGUCAUUUUUUAAAGCUAAUUACCAUUCUUUAUUUC